AUGCCUGGCCAGUCAGCAUCGGCCAAGACUUCAAGGUUCGCCUGUCAUGCACGGUAUGAGCAGCAGCCUCGCGAUAAGCGCGAAGCAUGCGUCGAGUUCCAGGAAGGUGAUAUCGUCUGCAACAUUGGUGAUCUCCUCAUGAGCUGGUCCGACGACCGCUUCAAACCGACGUUCCACAGGCUGAAAGCGCCGACGGAUCCUGAGAAGGAUUAUUUUGGACCUAGAUACUCGAUUGCGUUCUGUAAUCAGCCGUGUGUGGAUUGUGAGAUUCAGGGGCCGUUGAGGAAGGAUUCGAAGGUCACUGGGGCGGAGGCUGCCAUGGAGAGGAAUUAUAAUGCGCCCAAGGCUAGGCAGGCGGAGAUUAAACGGGAUCAUAGUGAUGGUGUGCAGGCAAGUGCUGGUGUUGCUGCUACAGCAUAA